UGAUUUGACCAUUGCCCCCAGACGUACUGGUAUAGUGAUGAAGAAAGAUAUGAAGAAAGAUGCUGAUGGCUUUGAGCUGAUCAGUGAGUACUUCUCGGACACAGAGAGUGAGGAGAGUUCAGUCCUCACUGAACCCUCUACCAAGAAGCAGCCCAAACCAAAGAAGGACAUCAGGCCAAGGAGGAUGUCAUCGUUCUCGCCCAUCCAGCCAGACUCUGACCUGUCCAGGACCUCUGUCAGCCCUGAUAAGAACCCUGCUCCUGUGGAGAACCCUGGCCCAGCUGCUGAAGGCAGUCCUGCCCCUGCUGCCAGCCCUACCCCUGGUGCCAGCUCUACUGUCCACAGUCCCACCCCUAAGGCCAGUCCUGUUGUUGAGAACCCCACCUCUGCUGACAGCCCUACCCCUACAAAGUCGGCUGCAAGCCCUGCCCAGGAAGAUGGUACAAGCGCCACACCAGAAGCAAGUUUUUUUAAUAUAUUGUUUACUACACUCUUGUGUAUUUAUGUUUACUGA